AUGCCAGUCCCGCCGACACGGUGUUAUCCCCUUACGGACCUGAUGGAUAAGUUGUUCGAGGGCUACUCAUCCGAGGUGCUGCCUCGCUGUAACCCCCAAGACACCGUCCAGGUUCAGAUCGGACUCGCUGUUCGGCAGAUUAUCGAACUGAAUGAGCCUAUGCAGAUCCUGGAGACGAACACGUGGGUCAGAAUGGUAUGGAACGACUGCCAGUUGACGUGGAACGCGACGGAGACGGGGAUCAAGAACAUCGCUGUGCCCUACCGGAGAGUCUGGGUACCCGACAUCACGCUCUAUGAUAAUGCUCAGAACGCGCUAGGCGGCCUGCAACAAUACCGACCUAACAUAUACCCAAACGGAGACGUCUACUACAACUUCCCGUCCGUCAUCCGUAGUCUCUGUAAGGUGGACGUCACUUACUUCCCAUUUGACACGCAAAUCUGUAAAUUGCAGUUUGGUUCAUGGUCAUACCAUGGCUGGGAUCUCAACUUGACAGGAAAAAACCCGGCGGCCGACACCUCUUAUUUUAUUUCUAACGGCGAAUGGGAUAUCAUAGGUGUACAUACUGACCGGAAGGAGGUCAUAUACCAGUGUUGUCCGGAGCCGUACCCCGACUUUAGGUUUUAUGUGCAGAUUCGCCGAAAGCCGCUAUUUUAUGUGCUGAACCUGAUUUUCCCCUGUACGCUUAUCUCGACAAUGGCGUUCCUUGGUUUCCUGUUGCCGCCGGACUCCGGGGAAAAGGUGUCCCUCGAGAUUACCGUGCUCCUCUCCCUGGCCGUCUUCCUCCUCGUGACGUCCGAAAUCAUGCCGGCGGACUCGGAGACCUUUCCUUACAUAGGCAUUUAUUUCGCGUGCGCGAUGGGUCUGGUGUCACUAUCGUGCCUGAUGACGGUCACAGUGCUCAAUAUGCACUACAAGGGGCUGUUCGGUAAGCGGUUGCCGCCCUGGGUCCGCCUCGUCUUCCUAGAUGGUUUCGGAAGGAUCCUUCUUGUUAAGGAAACUGACAAGCUCCCACAGUACGAUAAAAUGAAGAGAAGUUCAAAGGCGUUUGAGAACCAAGGUUUCCAUGGAAUGUCGACAAGAGACGACAAUUCCAGCCACAUCGGACCCAUUGACGCCGAGUGCUGCACCGGCAUGGCGUCCGCACUCUCCGACCACAGCGACGUCAAAUUUGACUUCGACACAUCUUCGGAGGUGAUGUCCCUUCUAAAGAAGCAGUUAGAUUGUUUGGAUAAGAUACACAAUCACAUGGAGGAGAAACAGCGGGAGUCGCUGGGGAUGGACGAGUGGCGGAAGUUGGCGAAGGUCGUGGACCGCAUCUUCAUGAUUCUCUUCUUCCUCUUCCAGUUCGGGACUUCCGCUCUGAUUCUAAUCAGGAUAACUUAUGCCGACCCUGAUGUGUUGCACCUGCUUAAGGAAUAG